GUUUCCCUUGGACAAAAAAAAAGCCUGGUCCAUCCCUCCCUUCUCUCUCUCUCAGAAAGAAGCAUUUUUGCUUUCUCACUCACCUCCCGCACUCUGACCCACCAUCGAAUUUCCUUGCUUCGUCGCCGCCAUCACUCCUUGAUUUCGCAUGUAAGCUUCUGAUUCCAUUGUCCAUCCCUCUCUUCUCUCUCACGAAUUUGUGAUGUGGUGUUGAAGAAUUCCUCUCCCUCACCAAGAACUUCAUCUCCUACUACUUUGUAAUUUUUUUCUUCAAGCAUUUAGAAUGAGGGAAAAAGAUUAAUAGGAAGGAACAAAUUCAAAAUUAAAAGGAAAAUGGGUCUUCUGAGCAUCAUUCGGAAAAUCAAAAGGAAAGAAAAGGAAAUGCGAAUCCUUAUGGUUGGGUUGGACAAUUCUGGCAAAACCACAAUCGUUUUGAAGAUUAAUGGCGAGGACACUAGUGUCAUCAGUCCUACCCUUGGCUUCAACAUCAACACCAUCUCCUACCAAACCCUUUGUUUUGCUUAGUAUCUCGCUGCGAUCUUACUGGAGGAACUACUUUGAGCAAACAGAUGGUUUGGUUUGGGUAGUUGACAGUUCCGAUCUCAGAAGGUUGGAUGACUGCAAAAUGGAGCUAGAUAACCUUCUAAAGGAAGAGCGGCUAUCAGGAUCAUCCUUACUGAUACUAGCAAAUAAACAGGACAUUAGAGGCGCACUUACACCAGAUGAGAUAGCUAAGGUGCUGAACUUGGAAGCUAUGGAUAAAUCUCGGCACUGGAAUAUAGUUGGCUGUAGUGCAUACACUGGUGAUGGUCUUCUUGAGGGAUUUGAUUGGAUGGUCCAAGACAUAGCCUCUAGAAUCUACAUGCUCGACUAAUGAUUUUUAUGUCAUUAGUCAUGAAAUGGUUCAACUUAGAAAAGCAUCUUAAUCUAGGCUUAAAAGCAGUUUAUACCCCUCAAGUUUAACACAAUUGCGAUUCAUACCCCUGUGAAUUUUUAGUGCGAAGUGUAACCUACAUGUUUCAGAAAGGUGCAAAACCUACCCCUCCGUCAGCCUUCCGUCUAAAA